AUGGACAAAAGAUUUCCGGCCACCCUGGCAAGUGCGGCCUGUUGGGCCGUACGAGACGUCAAACGUGCGUCAACGGUCGUGAUUGCAGCACCGAAUAAUAGAAACGUCAGAUACGUGACGGAUAUUCCACCAUGGUACCUGCCGUGCGGUGAUGUUAUCGACCAAGGUUUCGAUGCUGACUCCCAGCAGGAGUUAGGCUCGAUCUUGAGCCGUUUAAAAUUGCAGCAUAAGAUCACGUUGCAGGAUUAUCUAAAUCACGAUUACGAAUAUCUGUACAAUCGCGUUAGAAUCGGCGUUCACGAACAUCAAUACAUACCUAAUUGGAUACCAGGGAAAAAGGAUUCUAAUUAUAUCAGGAGACUCGGAAAAAGCAGUCAGCAAACGAUCCUUAAUCAUUUGCCAAAGUUACACAUGGAUUUACAAAAGUUUGCUAUUGCAUUUGAAGAAUUGGUAGGAGACGAACCCAUAUCGAAAACCCAUGAUGCAUUGAAGGCUACGCAAGCUCAUAUUUUGAGUAUGUUGUGCGAAGUUGAGAGUACUAUUGCAGAUCUUCCUUCGAUACGUUUACCACAACGUAUUGAAAGAAGUAUCAUGAAUCAAAUUGAAAGGGAUCCGGUUGACGAUACUAGAAGACUCAUUCGCGAUUGGGGUGUUUUAAUUAAAUACAAAGAUUAUCUUCACGCUUGGAGACGCGUAUUCGAUUAUUAA